AUGGUUUUCGUUAAACUUGUAAUUUUCAUAUCUUGUAUCGUUCCAGGAAUUUUACAACAGUUCAACAAAACACCUUAUUUUAAUUCUUAUCUUACGUCAGGUUGUAAAACAACAUACGUGACCAGCUUGCUUCACUGUGGUAGCCUCUGCACUGAAGAAAAUAAAGUGUCUUUCUUUUACAAUCCGUCAAAGAAGUUAUGUCGCUGGGAUUGUGUUGUUCUAUAUUCGGGCAACUCUUCGCUGGAAGAAAGCGAAUGGAUUCGUUACGAACGUUCGUCUAAAGGAAACUCGGCUUUGGGACGGACGACCAGCUCCUCGUCAGUGUUUGCUUCUACUGACCCCCCGAGUCUAGCGGUGGACGGGAUCCUUACUUCCUCAGUCACAGAGGGACGCCGUUGUUUUUUCUCCCAGUGGGAACCCAAACCGUUUUGGCAGGUUGAUUUAGGAACCGUUCACAGUAUCUCCUUUGUCAGGAUUUAUAACAGAAUGGAUGUCGUGGGAGAAAGAUUUCGAGAUGCCUCCGUUUUAGCCUCUGUUGAUGGGGUAACGUUCAGUACUUGUGGAUCUUUCAAAGGACCCGGGGUCACAAGACAAAUUAUCGACAUAGCCUGCGCAAAAGGCACCGUUGGACGAUUUGUUAAAGUUCAAAUUCUAAAUAAUUUUUUACAGAUGUGUGAGGUUCAGGUUUACACACUGUGAUUUUCUUUCAUUUUUAUCUCCUCAUGUACACAUUUGUAAGACUUACGAGGGCUGUUCAAUAAAUAAUUUCCUGAGCCCUAUUACAUACAAUAUAGAAAUCAUAUGACAUAAAGCUUGACUUUCUUUCAUGAUUGAAUUUUUAAUGAAUUUAUUACAGUUUAUGUGUCCACU